GAAUUUGCUAAAUUUGGAUGAUUAUAUUGAGCUCUCAAAAAUUAAUGAGAGUGAAGUCAAUGACUCCUUGACCGAGAGUAGAGUACACUCCCAAGCAAACAACUUUCAAGUUUUCAACUUCAAUCAGAAAUUAAUCUGUUUCCGAUGGCUACGAUGACAUCGAGGCUCUCAAUCGUACCUGCUCCUCCUGCUCGUCCAGCUUUGCCGGCACUUCAACGGUCAAAUUUGUCUACCCGCCAAAACCCGAGUCUGAGUGUCCGUGUCUCCCCCUCACCCAGCACCAUCACCAGCAGUAGUUCGGUAGCUGAUCCGUUGAAUAACAGAAGGCAGAGCUUUCUCUCUCCUCCGGCUCCUCCUAAUCUGGGAGAUCGAUCUGUAGCCGUCAGAUUCCAACUCAACGCCCCUCUCAUUUCGUCUCACGACCAAUGGGGCACCUGGACUGCUCUAUUCGCCACCGGCGCUUUCGGUAUCUGGUCAGAGAAGAACACGAAGGUUGGGGCGGCAUUGAGCGGGGCAUUGGUGAGCACAUUGAUCGGACUUGCAGCGAGUAAUUUGGGAAUUAUUUCAUCGAAUGCACCUGCAUUUUCGAUUGUGUUGGAGUUUCUGCUCCCACUGGCUGUGCCAUUGCUCUUGUACAGGGCAGACUUGCGACGUGUGAUCAAAUCAACCGGGGCUCUUCUCUUGGCCUUCUUGCUUGGAUCCGUUGCAACAACAGUUGGAACAGUGGUGGCAUAUCUUUUGGUGCCGAUGCGAUCACUUGGUCAAGAUAGUUGGAAAAUAGCAGCUGCUCUCAUGGGCCGACAUAUUGGUGGAGCUGUCAAUUACGUUGCCAUAGCUGAUGCUCUCGGGGUUUCUCCUUCAAUUUUAGCUGCCGGGCUAGCCGCAGAUAAUGUCAUUUGUGCUGUAUAUUUUUCAACAUUGUUCGCAUUGGCUUCUAAAGUACCUCCUGAGCCUUCAACAUCUGAUGAUGGCAUUGGAAAGGAUGCAUCCUCUGAGCCUGGAAACAAGCUUCCUCUGAUACAAACUGCUGCGGCCCUUUCUGUGUCCUUGGCCAUAUGCAAGAGUGGCCAUUAUCUCACGAAAUAUUUUGGAAUCCAAGGAGGCAUCCUGCCAGCUGUAACAGCCAUUGUUGUUACUCUGGCGACUGUAUUUCCAAAACAGUUUGCGUAUCUUGCACCAACUGGUGAGGCUAUGGCUGUUAUACUAAUGCAGGUAUUUUUUGCGGUGGUGGGAGCGAGCGGAAACAUAUGGAGUGUCAUUAACACUGCUCCUAGUAUCUUUUUCUUUGCUCUAAUCCAGAUUGCCGUUCAUCUUGUUGUGAUCCUGGGAUUGGGAAAGCUAUUGGGGUUUGACCUGAAGUUGUUGCUUAUAGCAUCAAAUGCCAAUGUUGGAGGCCCUACAACAGCUUGUGGAAUGGCCACGGCCAAAGAGUGGAAUUCUAUGAUUGUUCCUGGAAUUCUUGCAGGCAUUUUUGGCAUUGCGAUUGCAACUUUCAUCGGCAUUGCAUUCGGGCUGGCAGUUCUUAAAUACAUGUAAUGCUUUCCGAUGAUGAUUACCUGAAAUUUUCCAAACCUGUAACCUUUGUGAACCUGCAGGCAGAAAAGUGGGAAAGUUGAAAAAUAAGUAGAUAAACCCAUUUGUAAUUGAACAGCAUGGAUAUUAAGAUUUGUGGCAUUGACCAAGUUUGAGAAGACAA